GUCAUUGUCAAAAUAGAAUUGACAUUUGUUUGUGUGCGAAAUUUGGUUUAUUUUUACAAAAUAACAAACUGAUUUUAUUGAACGAUCCCUAGUCUUCAGGUGCCAUGUCUCUAAACGAACGGGUUCAAGAGGAGCUAGAAGCUCUGGAAGCAAUAUUAAUGGAUGAUAUUUCUAUAACUUAUAACGAUGAAGGUUGUGCUGAUCUAGUCAAAUCUACAAUAUUUCCCUCAACUGCUAAUGAAGUUGAUAAACAAUAUGUAUGUGUAACUUUAGAGGUUCAACUGCCAGAAAAUUAUCCAGACUGUAAACCCUUAAUAAAGUUAAAGUCUCCUAGAGGUUUAGAUGAUUCAACAAUUGAUCAUUUAUAUAGGGAAGCUGAUAAAAAAUGUGAAGAAUAUAUAGGCCAACCUGUAAUAUAUGAAUUAAUAGAGCUUAUAAGAGAAAAUUUAACUGAAAGUAACUUGCCAACAUGUCAUUGUGCUGUUUGUUUAUAUGGAUUUUCAGAAGGGGAUAGUUUUACAAAAACUCAAUGUUUUCAUUAUUUUCACAAUUAUUGUUUAACUAAUCAUCUUAUUAUAACUGAAAAACAUUUCCACGAAGAGCAGGAGAAAUUACCUGCUUGGAAACGGAGCUCUGAAGGGUUCCAUGCUACUUGCCCUGUAUGCCGAGAAUCAAUUAAAUGUGAUGUUGAAGAGUUAAAGACAGCUCUACCUCCAAAGGAAUUGGAAAACGCUCAAAAAUUUGAAUUAACUAAAGACUUAAAAAUGCUGCAAGAAAAAAUGCAACAAUUAUAUGUUUAUCAAAAAAAUAAGGGUGGCAUCAUUGAUAUUGAAGCAGAAGAAAAUAAGCUUCUUUUAAUUACAAAUUCAAGUGAUAAUUCUUCUAGUGACAACUCUGAAGAUCCGGGUCCGAGUUUAGUCAAUAACAUAUCUGAACAUUCUUUGGAAAAUGAUGUACUAGGCAGAAACCAAAGACUUUUUUCGAAGUAUUCCACUAAUAGAUGACUAAGGCAUUGUGGAAUGUAUGAUGACAUAUUCAAGAAUACUCUUCUAAGUGUUGUUCAAUUUUGAUAUUUUAUAUAGCCCAUUGUGCUAUAUAUGUUACCUUCCAUGUGUUAUAGAUGUUUUUAUUUUUUAUUAUUUAGUUGUAUGUUUAGAUCUUAUAUAAGUGAUUAUAAGACUCUACCAUGUAUGUAUUGUUUUAGAUGCAAUAAAGGACAUUUGACAUUGGAUUUCUGGUUGAAAU